AUGGAAGGUUCUGGAUGGAAAAGCCGAGCACUUGUCCCAUUUCUCUUUGGUAUUAUCAUCAGUUUGCUUUGUCCCAUCAAUCAGUCAGCUAAUGUAUUAGUUGUACCUGUCGAUGGAAGUCAUUGGAUCAACAUGAGAAUUCUCUUGGAGGAACUGAAACCUCGUGGACACAACUUCACGGUGAUUUAUAUUGAGAAAAGUUGGUACAUCAAUGAAAGGCCCAACCUAUAUCAAUCUAUCGUAAUUCCAAUGAAAAACAUUGAAGUAAAGGAUAUAGUUGGUAUAAUUCUUCAAAAAGCACUUCAGCUUGGGAAGGAUGGCUGGAGCUUCAGUGACAAUAUUGAGUUCCAGUCUGAAGUUCUACAGUUUAUGCGGAACUGUCAGAAUGUUUUCCAUUUUAUUAUCAGUGAAAUAUUUCAAAACAAAACAUUACUAAGCCAACUUGAAAAGGCAAACUUUGACCUGGUGCUUUCAGACCCUUUUUUUGUUACUGGAUCAAUGCUUGCUUAUUAUUUAAAACUUCCUUUGGUGUAUAAUGUUCGAUGGUUAGAAUCUGGUGAGGCUCACUUCUUGUUUGUCCCAUCCCCCCUUUCUUAUGUCCCAAUCUUAGGCUCAAACCUAACAGACAAAAUGUCCUUUCUUCAAAGAACACAAAACUUCAUCCAACAUCUAAUCUUUCAAUCCAUUGUAGAACUUACCAUUUAUCCCAAAUACAAUGAGCUCUGUCAUCGAUAUUUGGGUCCAGACACAGAUAUCAAGACAAUUCUGCUGAGGGCUGAUGUGUGGCUGAUGAGAGUCGAUUUUGUACUUGAAUUCCCAAGACCCACCAUGCCAAAUAUUGUCUACAUUGGAGGCUUCCAGUGUAAACCAGCCCAACCACUAGCGGCAGAGUUUGAAGAGUUUGUUCAAAGCUCAGGAAAGCAUGGACUUAUAGUGAUGUCAUUAGGAUCUUUUAUCCAUUCCUUGCCAAAGCAGAUUACAAUGGAAAUAGCUGAGGCAUUUGCUCAAGUACCCCAGAAGGUGAUUUGGAGAUAUGAUGGAGAAAUCCCUCCCAAUGUAGGUAAUAAUACACUACUGAGAAAAUGGAUCCCUCAGAACGACCUUCUGGGACACCCCAACACACGAGUCUUCAUUUCGCACGGUGGUACCAAUGGUAUUUACGAGGCCAUCUACCACGGGGUGCCAGUGAUUGGCAUGCCUCUAAUUUUUGAUCAGUUUGACAAUUUACUUCGACUUGAAUCCCGAGGUGCAGCAAAGGUGCUUAAUGUUGCAACCAUGCACUCCACAAAUCUAUUGCAGGCACUUCAUGAGGUGAUAAAUGGCACAUUUUACCGGGACAACAUGAAGAAACUCUCUACCCUCCACCGGGACCAACCACAGUCGCCAAUGGAGCGAGCCGUUUUCUGGAUUGAGUACGUUGCCCGACACAAAGGAGCAGGACAUUUGCGUUCUGAAUCCUACCGACUGCCCUGGUAUGUUUACUAUUGUGUGGAUGUGAUGAUCUUACUGUUGUCCAUGUUACUCAUGGCAAUAGUGCUGGUGGUUGUAGCACUGAAGAGACUUUGUCACAUUGCAUGGAAGAAAAAGCAAAAGAAUGAAUAAGGUUUCUCUCAUUUGUGUUGGAAGAUGGUGUUUUAAAUUUUUUCCACUUCAUGAAAUAGGAUUUUCUUGUUUUCAAUACAUGAAGCCUCCUUUUCAGAUAUUGUAAAUGUAGCAAACCUCUUAAAAAUUAGUGAAAUGUAUCAGUGGAUUUAAAUCUUUUGUACAAAGAUAUGAACAGGAACAAAAUACAAAUACCUAAAUCAAAUCAAACAGGAAAACUCAUGUUUAUGUAUGAUUAUUUAAAAUAUGAUAUACUAACCUGUGAUUCAUAUACUACCAUAAAAAACAUGGAAUUCUGUGCCUGAAAGACUACUCUCCAAACUAUUCUGUCAUGUCUCCACCAAUUGACAAAUGGUAAGAGGUCACAUUGCUGUCCCUUUACAAUUCGUCAUAGCUGCCCAUUCCAGGUCUUCGUCACCAUUGUUGUAGGCCAUGAUUUAACAGGCAAAAAUGUCCCUCUUUGGUUGUUUGAGCUAGUUUGCAAUAUUUCCUCAUCAAAUGCAUAUGCACCUGGAAUCACUCCGCUCAGCACAUCAUUUUUGGUAACUUCGCCAUUUACACAGGAGGCACAUCUUUCCCUACCCCCACCCCCCCAAUCUCACGCUCCCUACACUUUCUCUUUGUGACUCUCUUCUUUACCUAUUCCUCCCCACUGGUUUGUCUAUCUGAAGCUGAUGAAUGAGUAAUGGAGUUUUCUUCAUCACAUAACUAAAUGAAGUAUCUUCCAACUACACUUUCUGGUCAAUAA